AUGAAGUCUGAAUUCAAAGGGAGACCCCUUGAGGCGUUCCCACAGCUGGUGUCAGCCCUGCAGAAGUUGAAAGGCGAGAAGGGCCGUGAUCAGAUGUUUCUCGUGGAUGACUCGAGAUCCAUGGAGCCUCAUCAAAAGAAAGUAGCCGCGAGCUGUCAAGUCCUCUCGUACUUACUCAAAAAGGGAGAGGUUGACCCAAAUGCAACCUUUGAAGUCUAUUUUACCUCAUCUCACCCUCCACUUCAAUCAACAAGGACCUCGGAAUUGAAAGAUAAUAUAGAAAAGAUGCUAUUCCAUGAAGAUCAAUGCAACAUGGCCCCAAGUUUGGACGAGUUGGUCAGUAAGGCUAUCCAGAAUAAGAAACCGGUCAGCAUAUAUGUCUUGACGAACGGACACUGGAAUCUCAAGAACCGAGACAAUUUCUGCGGUGUAGAUGGACCGAUCAAACGCUUGGUGACUCAUGUUCGACGGACAAACGAACAGCAGAAUUGGAUCGGUGUCCAGUUCAUCCGCUUCUUUGACGACAACGAAAAUCCUGAUGACAAGCUCGGGGAGACUCGGUUGAAAGCAUUGGAUGACGAUUUGAAGCAACAAACGGGAAUGUGCGUUGAUGCUCAGCUUCUUUACAAAUCGGUGAUGAUCACUGACUCCCAACUAGAGACAUCGUCGACACACGGAAUUUUGACGCAGAUGUGCGCAAAAUUUUACUUGGUUCAGUCGUACCAGAUGAGGAUAAUUCUUGAAGUAUUGUCUGGACUUUGA